CAACAGUUGCCUAUUACCGUAAUUGAACUUAUACUUGAACACAUUACUUUAAAGCGGCAAUUGCUACAGCUCAGACUGGUCUGUUAUAAGCUGUAUUUGGUUUCAACCAGAAAGUUAUUUAGACGUAUUAAUCUCUGCAGUGAUUAUUGCAUCCAUCUACUCCAUGACCUAUCUACCAACUUGCCUCAGCCUUAUAGGUUACUCCAAAUUGGCAAUUUUGUUAAAGUGAUAUCUAUACAAUGGUACAUACCAUGCUACGAUCCAAGACCAUUCAUACCACGCCAAGCUUUUAUAAAGUUGGCUCAAUCGUGUCCGAAUGUGGAAGCAAUUGAAGCGCCACCGCGAGUUUUCAAAAAAUACAUAUUGAUAGCUCUUCUUUACAUGGAUGACAACUUAAAAUGGAAACUGAAGAAGCUGCCUGAAGAUAAUUUCACUAUGGACUUAAUAACCAUUGAUCACUAUUACAAGUACAAAGACUCUAUCACUGAGCUUAAUGCUCCUUUGGGAGUUCAUGAUUUGCGCUUUUUAAAAUCAUUCAAAAGGCUUCAAAAACUUAAUCUACGCAAAAUUAGUGUGGCCACACUGGAGGACUAUAUGUCCAUCUUUGAUCAUUGUCCUGAUCUAUCCCGCCUAUUUGCUGGUAUUAGCGUGCCUGCAUCUGAACUUGUUCCAGUGAUUGAAACACCGCAUCAAUAUAUGAAAGAUAUGAGUCUCCAUGUCACGUCCGAUACGUUAUCAGAUGCAGUCGUUGCUUAUACCACACAGAAGCUUGUUAAUUUAUCAAAUAUACGUAUUAGUAUGGGUAAUCCACAUUCGCAAGCAAUCAGCCACAGAUCAUACGAUCGACUCUUUGAUUUACUCAUCAAGCACGCAGAUAGGCAAUCUCAGUUCACUCUGGCAUUAAAUGAAUACCAACUCGAAGAUGAUCCAGAUGCUGAAAACAUCGUGCCCCUUAUGGUCCGCAUCUAUCUCGAGAGUUUGUUCAAGCUACGGAUGCCCAACUUGAGUCAUAGCUUGGAAAUAAUCCAGCAAUCAUUUAUUAAUGAGAAUCCGGUUCUCAAGACUAUUUUCAGAAGGAUAAAUGGCUUUAUCAAAUGUUUUACUAGAUUAUACGCACCUUAUCAUAAUCCAAGCAUGAGAUUGGGUGAAUACGUGGGACGUUCAGUGCCAUAUAUACACAAGCUAUAUGCUAAAUCAGGGAAUACUUCAAGACAUAGAAUCCCUGACGCUCUAUGCUCAUUCAUAAAGAAAUGUCAUUAUCUUCAAUCACUGGAAUUCACAAACUAUGAACUACCCGGUUUAUCAGAAUGUACCAAUAUAUCUAUUCAAAUAAUAAGGCUCAACUCUAUUGUAGUGUCAAGUGGAUUAUUUGAAGACUUGGUAUCUAAUUUCCCGAACCUGAAGCAUCUUUAUAUAAAUGAUGUCUUUGCUGCUGGCAGUCCGGAUAAUUCAGAAAUAAUAGUCAUAGAUUGGCCCAGUAUAUGUCUUGAAACACUAGAUAUCUACAACUUGCAACCAUUACAUGGUAACGAUGAGGACAAGGAAGGAAUGUUUAUCAUAACAACAUCUCAAAAAAGGUCAUACUUUGAGACCGAUGUUAUAGUUCCCAUCCAUUAUAUUUAUGAUGAAAUGAUAACAGAAGAGAAACUACAAGAUGCUGGUUUCCAGGUAUAUAUCAAUUGUCAAUCGAUCCAGCGAUUUAGACUACAGAACGUUGAAUUUAAACUUGAUUCAGAAUAGAACAAGUAUUUACUAUUCAAUAAACAGG